UCAGCAUAUACUGUAUAGUUCAUUACCGAGGGAGCAGUCGUAAGAAAAGUAUCUCACACAGGAACGAGCAACUCAACACCGAAUACCGACUUUACCGAUGACCAAAUUAAUAAUUUCCAGAUCAGAAAUUGUUUAGACGAGAAACACACAUUGCGCUCUCGGUUGGAAUCCUUGGAACUUUUAAAUUGCCUUCCGAGUUUCGACAAUGAGUUUCGGGGCUCAAGAUCAUGUCUUUCUGUCUGCUUUGCAGCCCAAUACCGCCGUCAGUACUUACGCGGUCCCGUCCGAGAUCCAACUCGAGGGGAAAGGGGGCAACCUGUCGGAUGAGAUGACCCGGGCCAAGCGGGUCCAGCAGCAGGUUGCUAUGCGGCUCGCCGAGAAAACCUCGACGCUUUCACGACAGAACGGCUCAGCCACACACUAUACCUCCUCAGAACACAGCGGUUCUUCAACAAUGAAGUACCAGACCUUCAACCCAGGGUUCAGCUCUAAGUCCUAUGUCUACACAGCCUCCAGACCUGUCAUGGCACCCAGGAUGUCUCAUUACUCUGGUGGUUUCUCCUCUCGCUCGGCGAUGGACCUGAGUGGUGGUCAGAGGCUCAGCAUGGGGGUGGAGGAGGAGGAGGGUACCAGUACGGGGAGGGGGCUACCAGGGGGGGGGGGCUACCAGGCCGGCGGAGGGGCCAUGAGGCAACAGAUGUCCACCGUGAACCGGGCGAUGAGCCGUGCUCCCGGCCCAGACCUAGAGACCAUGUCCCUGCGUUCCGUUAGGCUCCAGAACAUGCCCGCUCAGCCGUCCCCAGUGGCAGCCUGGGUAGAUGCGGAUGGCAGCGAUGGGGUCAGCCUCGUCUCGGACCACGAUGCCACAUUCAACCGCCAGCAGUCUGUCUACAGCACCGUCAAUGGAGGAGCCUACAGCUCUGGGACCCAGAUGAGACAGGCAGGAGGAGGAGGGUCCAUGGCCUACCAAGCCCCCAUGAGGAUGGGGGGAGAGGAGAUGAUGUCGGUCCAGCAGCAGCAUUCCUUUAAAGGGCCAGCGUUUCGCACCAUCAGCAGGAUCAACAACAGGAACAACAGGAUGUCCAUGGGCUCCAUGUCUGGGGCUUCCACCCUCCCCCCUGGGGGAAGCAGCUACGGCGGUGGAGGGGGAAGCUUCGUCAUGUCCAGGACUUCCACCCUCCCCCUUGGGGGGAGCAGCUACGGUAGUGGAGGAGGAUUCAUGAUGGGCCAGAUGUCGUCUGGGUCUCAGGGGAAUCUGAUGAUGCAGCAACAGAGGCAGACCACUCUGCCCAGGACCAUGUCUAUCAAGAGCAUGCACAGUGUUGGGAAGGGCAUGGAUAUCUACGACGGACAGAUGGACAUGACAGGCAGCAUGGGCAACCUCAGCAGGAUCAAUAACCUGGACAUGGCUACGGCGGUGAGGUACCUGGCAGAGGGGGAUGCUGAGCUGCAGGUUCAGGGAGCAGCGUUUAUCCAACAUGAGUGUUACAGCGACACUGAGGCCAAGAAAGAGGUGCACCGCUAUAAGGGCAUCCCAGAGCUGGUGAGGCUGUUCAACAGUGAGAACCAGGAGGUGGCUCGCUACGCCACGGGCGCCACCAGGAACCUCAUCUACGAGAACAUGGACAACAAGGUGGCCCUUAUCGAGGGGGGAGGGAUCCCACAACUCAUAGAGGCUCUGAAGGUGAAUGACGACGAGCUACGCAAGAACAUCACAGGUAUUCUGUGGAACCUGUCAUCCAAAGACAACCUGAAGGAGAAACUAGCCAAGGAGACGCUAUCUGAGCUCACAGAGAGGAUCCUGAUCCCGCUCUCAGGCAGUGGAGACACUGAGGUCAUCCAGCAGAGCCCCUCUGAGGUUGACAUCUUCUACAACACCACCGGAUGUCUUAGGAACCUGAGCUCAGUGAAUGAGAAGACCAGACGUCAGAUGCGGGAGACCAACGGUCUGGUGGAUGCCCUGGUAGGAUACAUCCAGGCCUCGCUACAGGAAGGCAAGGUGGAGGAGAAGGGAGUGGAGAACGCAGUGUGUGUUAUGAGGAACCUCUCCUAUCAGCUGUACAGUGAGAUCCCGCCCUCGGCCAUGCUACGUCUGGAAGGACCGACCAGAGGCCAGGACACCAGCAGGAGUGAAGCCAUUGGUUGCUUCACGCCUCAGAGCAAGAAAGUAAAAAAUAAGAUGAACCAGGACCUGGUUACAUUCACGGAGGUGGCCCGCGUGCCCAAGGGUCUGGAGUGGCUGUGGCACCCCCAGGUGGUGGGGCUGUAUAACCGCGUGCUGCAGGGCUGUGAGUUCAACUUCACCACCCGCGAGGCUGCAGCCGGGGCCCUGCAGAACAUCACAGCUGGAGACAAGAGAUGGGCGGGGGUGCUGAGUCGUGUGGCUCUCGAGCAAGAGAGGAUGCUUCCUGUGAUGUUGGACAAACUGAGGACCAAUAAUGACCUGGAGCUGAGAUCCCUCACCGGCUUCCUCAGAAACCUGUCACGCCAUGCCAAGGACAAGAACGCCAUGGCAACCAAGACAGUGAACAACCUGGUGGACAAGCUGCCUGCUGACGGUCAACAGAAGGAGCCGUCCAGCGACGUGGUGGUCAACAUCUGUGGAACGUUGAACAACCUGGUGACCUGCAGCUCCGUCGCAGCCCGGGACAUCACUUUCUUUGACGGGCUGCAAAAACUGGUGGCCAUCAAGAACUCCAACGACAGCAGUCCUGGGAAGCUGAAAGCAGCCAAAGCAGCGGCCACAGUCCUCUGCAACAUGUUCCAAUACAAGAAGCUGCACAAGGACUACAAACAGAAAGGGUUCACACGACCAGACUUUGCAGACAUGACAAUCUAAAAAAAAGAAGAAAAGGAACAGAUACAAUGUCUCUUUCUCUCCUUGUGCCAAGCGGCUGGAAACGUAUCUGAUCACUUCAGUGGUCAAAGACUGGUCUGUACAACUGAAAACAUUGCUCCUUGGGCUACUUCCUACUUACGCACACAUGGAGUUGGAUGAACUAUACUACAGUGCAAGUGACGACAAAGAUGGAACCUGUUUAGGGACGACCUUAAUGGUGGACUAUGAUGAUAACGUACCCCCUUUUCCUUGUGAGCUUGAAUACCGUAUGUAUUCAAUGCUAUAUGUUGAGUUUAAUAUAUGUAUUCAAUGCAAUAUGUUGAAUUUAAUAUAUGUAUUCAAUGCUAUAGCUUUGAAUGCUAUAUGUUAUAUAUGAUAGAAUCAGGGACUUUUUUUCUCAAUGUAACCAAUCAGUCUGCUGUAACCAAUAAUGCUAUGACUCAUUUCUCCUGCCUUAGCAAGCGUGGUUUGACACAAUCCCAAAGACUUCAGGCCCCCCAUUUUGUUAACCCUGGGUCCCAGAUCAGUUUGUGCUGUAUAGCCUACACUUAUGGCCAUUGUCACAAAACAACACUACACUGCUAGUAGAGGGAUGGUAAAAGGGAUGGUUUGCUAUCAAUGGUGCUUUUACUUUUGCUGAAGGGUUGAAUUAUUGAUGUUGUUCAUUGUGUUUUGUAUUAGUUUGGUGUUGUUUAUUUCUCAGACAAAACCAGAGUAUCACUGAGUUAUGAGUUAUAAACCACAGUAUCACUGAGUUAUAAUGAGCUAUAAACCAGAGUAUCACUGAGUUAUAAUGUGUUAUAAACCAGAGUAUCACUGAGAGUUAUAAUGUGUUAUAAACCAGAGUAUCACUGAGAGUUAUAAUGUGUUAUAAACCAGAGUAUCACUGAGAGUUAUAAUGUGUUAUAAACCAGAGUAUCACUGAGUUAUAAUGAGCUAUAAACCAGAGUAUCACUGAGAGUUAUAAUGUGUUAUAAACCAGAGUAUCACUGAGAGUUAUAAUGUGUUAUAAACCAGAGUAUCACUGAGAGUUAUAAUGUGUUAUAAACCAGAGCAUCACUGAGUUAUAAUGAGCUAUAAACCAGAGUAUCACAGAGUUAUAAUGAGUCAUAAAUUAGAACUGAAUGUAUGUUUUUGUGGAUGUGUGGAAAAACUGAACUACUGACACCUGCAUGAAUGACCUACAAUUAUGACUCAGAAAGGGAAUCAUGCAAUUGCUUUUAAAAGCUUUACACGGUGGCUUAAACGUUUUUUGUUAUACAUCAAAGAGAAGACAAAGAAGUGCUUUGUGUCCGUCAUUAGACUGAGACCAUUCUUUUUUCCAUUUACGGUAUGAAAAAAACAAUCAACAACUAUUUUUACAAUGUACUUUUUAACUGUUAACUGCAGGUCGAAUAAAUCUGCGUCAUUUGUAACUAAUAAAGCUGACGUCACUGAA